AUGGAAUCGUCAGAGAAUCUAGCUAAUCUUUCUAGUACUUCAAAUUCUUCUCCUGAUAUCCAAUCUAUUCAACAACCCAUUCAACAACCCUUUCAAGAACCCAUUCAAGAGCCCAUUCAAGAACCCAUUCAAGAACCCAUUCAAGAACCUACUCAACAGCCUAUUCAGGAAUCUAUCCAACAAUCGGUUGCUGAAAAGGAUCAUUUAUCCGAAUCAAACAGUCCAUCAAAUAAGUCUCAAAAUGAAUCUUCUCAGGUUGCUCCCGACACAACUAAUGGCACAACUAAUGACACAGCUAAUGACACAGCUAAUGAUACAGAUAAUACUACCGUUACAACAACGACUGAUCAAUCUCAAACUACUACUUCCAUUACAACUAAUGCUACCAUUACAACAACGACUGAUCAACCUCAAACUACUGCUUCUGCUUCAACAAAGAUUACUAUUAAUACUUUAUUAAACUCUCCUGAGACUACUCCUAUACCUUCACCUGUAGAAGGUGUAACAUUUAAUAAUAACCAUUUUUCUCCUUAUUCCACUCCUCCUCCUCAAAAUAUUGUUUCUAAUGAUCAUUUCGAUUUAAAUCCUUCUGCUCUUGAUGAGUCUUACACUUCUGACUCUCUUGAUUAUUUUCAAUCUCGUUUUCCUCCUUCGAGUAAUGCUAUUUCUCGCACUCAACAAAAGAUCAAUCUUCAACGUGAUUCUUUUCUUGCUGAUGAUGAAAAUUACAUUAUUCAUCCUCAUAAUCAACGUAGAUUAACUAGAGCUAUUGAACGGAUAAAUCGUGAACAUGUUGCUAUAUCUUUGUAUAGGAAUCCUAUGAUUGAAAGUUUACAGAGAGUUUUCGCAAAAUAUGCUCAGGAUCAUCCUGAAGUUUUGGAUGAUGAUUUUGGUGCUGGUUAUGAUGAUUCAAAAGAAUGGGGCAUUUUAUCUGAUCAUGCAAAGACCUUGGAUCAAAUUGGUUCGACUGUUACUAAUUCUAUUGUAGCUGCUGAUGUUUUGACUACUGAAUCUAUGGCUUUUCGUUCUGUAAAAUAA